CUGUUUCUUAAAAAAAAAAAAUGCUUCAAUAAUAUUAGUUCCCGUAAACCUGUAUUGAUAUAAGAACAGAACAUUGUUCGAGUGGACUGACUGCCUGAAAGCUAAACGUUAAAGGGGCGUUUUUUUUUUUUCGCUAUACGUUGUGCUCCAUGGAUCCAGACACUGAAGUAGAAAGCAUCCUCAGAAGGAAUGACCAAGAGAUAAACAGGAACGGGUGGAAGAGGCCACUCUCCAGCUAUGGCUCAAUGAAGAGUGAUGAUGAUGAGGAGGAGGAAAAAGAAGAGGAAAUGGAGACAGGGGUUGUUGAGGUCGGACCUAAAAAAGUUGCAGUACUACAACGUCCAACAACUGCUCACCAGUCUACAGGGUUGCGACGGAUUCGCUCAGAAUCUCCAGAGACCUUGUACACCUUUACCACCCAAGAGACCAAACCACCCCAAGCUGUUGUCAUAGACACCAGACAUGAUCAUCAGCAGUGUGAUCAGGAAGAGGAGCAGGAGGAAAUUUUGAUAGCUACAUCCCCAGAGCCCCCUGAGCCCCCUGAACCAGAGGAAGAGUCACAGAUGGAUGAAAAUGGGCAGCCUGGAAGCUUCCACCCAGAACAGGACAUGCCUCAUAUUUUCAAGAGUAUCUUGAAUACUCUGAAGGAGCUCAACAGCAUGGAGGUGAUGCUAUUUAAGAUGCGGUUUCAGCAGUGGCAGCCAGAUGUCAGCCUGACACAGGUGAUGGACGGAGACAUACUGGAUUUAGUGGACAAGAUAAUGGAGGUCAUUGGCCCGGACCGUUCCCUGUUGAACACAAUAAAUACCUUAAAAAGUGUCAGCAAAGUACCACAGGCGGAACAACUUCAGAAGCAGUGUGACAGAGCAUUGAUCCGUUAUCAUCUGAAGCAGUACUUGAUCAGGAAACACAAAGUCAUCCGUGAGGGGGUUGUUCAAGCCGGGAAGCAGAAUCUUUUUGAGAAGAUUUACGUCGAGCCCCAAAUUUCUACUUGUAGUUUUGGAGGAGUUGACCCUUCGCAUGAGCUCCAGCCACACCCUCCUUCACCUCCCCAGGGUCCCAGUUCCGAUAGCUUCGUCAGUGUGAACAAUCUCUUCCGACUACAGAAGGACAGCGGUCAGCUGGUGAGGACUGUGCUGACCACUGGAAUUCCAGGGAUUGGAAUGUCUGUCUCCGUGGGGAAGUUCUGCCUAGAUUGGGCGGAACUGCAUGCUAAUAGGGAUUUACAAUUUGUCUUCAAGCUUUCCUUCCGCAAAUUCUCCCUUCUUCGAAACAACUGUUCCUUGCAGAAGUUGUCCCUGAUGGAAGUGAUAGAAUAUUAUUACCCCGAGUGCAAAAACAUGAAGUAUCUGGAGGAAGAGGACUGUAAAUUCCUGAUCAUAAUGGACUGCUUUGAUUGUUAUCAAGCUGCUCUGGACUGGAAGAAUGCUCCAGAAGUAACCAGCGGGUCCACCCCAGCACACCCCGAUGUCUUGAUUGUAAAUCUCAUCAGAGGCACUUUACUUCCUGGUGCCUGUGUCUGGAUCCUAGGGAGACGGGCAGCUGUCUCGCAAAUACCUGCUGGAUAUAUAGACGUUGUCACAGAAAUACAAGGCUUUAGUGAUGAGAUGAAAGAUGACUACCUGAGGAGGCGUUUUAGCGACACAGACACGGCAGAUAAGGUGGUGGAACACUAUAAGCGACUUCCAACACUAAAAAGUCUUUGUCGCCAGCCUUUUGUCUGUUGGAUGGUGGCCACUGUUUUUGAACGCUGCUUCCACGGCAGAGGCUACGGGGGGAACCCUCCUAGGGUGACACCCUUCUACAUCAGCAUUUUGAUCGUCCAAACCAAUCGGAAGCUGCAGUUUUACUUUGGACAACGAGAAAACAACCUGAACUGGUCCGUUGAUGAUAAAAACACUGUGCUGCUGAUGGGGAAGAUGGCCUUUAAGAUGCUGGAGAAGAAAACCAGCGUGUUCUUUGAGGAGAACAUUAAGGACAUUGGGCUGAAGCUGACGGAGGUGGUUGUGUUUUCUGGUCUGUGCACUGAGCUCCCCACCAGCACCUCGAACGGGACCCGGAGGUUCUGCUUCAUAGACCGCACCUUCCAGGAGUUCAUGGCUGCUUUGUAUGUUUUCAUGAUGUUCCGCACGGAGUCCACAAACGUCCUGGUUUCUAGUUCAGUCCGCAAGUCCAAGUUUAAGGAUUACUCCAAGCCAGCAGCAGUCCUUAUCCAGAGUGCUUUGGAGCUGUAUAACGCCUCUUCGCCGGGCCAAUACGACAUGCUCCUGCGCUUCCUGUGCGGCAUGUUUAACUCGGACUGCUCGAGCAGUCUGCUGGGAGGAUGUCUGUUCCCUCACAAUGAGCCAGUGGUGAGUGGGCUGCAGGAGGCGGCGCAGCUCCUGGAGAACACCAUAGAACAUCCAGGGGCACCAGUGUCAAACUUAAAGGAGUGCCUCAGAGAGAUGACUCAGGAGGAUAAGUGAGCUGCCGCAGUGCCUUAUGGGCGUGUACAUGACAAUUAGAACUUGGAUGAACUCCGUUGUUUUCAGUCCCUGACAGAACUUGUGAUCAACGUGCUCACAUGUUCAAUAUGAUAAAGAUCACACCUUCUGGCCCCCGGCUGGCUGCACUUCGUCCGCACGACUCCGGCUGCUGCCUUUGGAGCAGACUCUAUGGACCUGCAUUGAAUGCUGAGCUCGUGCCAUCCAUGUGCGAAGCCAGAGAAUGCCGCCAAUAGUGGCGGACCCCGCUCUGAGGAACUGGCUUGAACAGGUCGGCCCUGCCCUGGUCCGCGUGCUCUCUAAGAGCUUCACACACCUGAUGUUUUUCAUGUGAGUGGAAAAAAAAUUAGUUUUGUUUUUAGAAGUACUUGUACAGAUGCCAUUUAUUUAUUAAACAAAGGUGGAAAAUCCAUCCAUCAGUUUUCUAUACCCGCUUACUCUAAUCAAAUCAAAUCAGUUUUAUUUAUAUAGCGCCAAAUCACAACAACAGUUGCCCCAAGGCGCUUUAUAUUGCAAGGCAAAAGCCAUAAAAUAAUUA